GUCUCGACUGGCGUCACCAUCCCAGUAGCUACCAGACGUCGAGCGUCUUUGUGAUGUGCUUGUUGUCGCCCGUCCUAUCCCCCCCACCCUCCUAUUGGACCGCCUUCCCACCCAUCUGUCUACACGUUUGUGGAAACUCUUUUUAAAAUUUUGUUUGUUAUUGCUGAGAAAAAAAAAAAUAAUAUUUGUUUUUUUAACGAUAUUUCGUGAGAUUUGAUGGUGUAAUUAGCCGGGGGUAACACGGAACGGGGUAAAAACGGACCGGACGGAUCCUUUAUUUUAAAAACAGAUCCAGCAUCUUUUACGGAGGUGAGUGGAAUACAAGAGAACAUAAACUACCUGAGUGUGUGAGUGCGAAUUUAAUAAAGAACUAUAAAAAAAAAAGGGGGGGUAAUAACAAUAAUUAAAAGACAUGGAUGGGCGAUUGUGGAUGUUGGUCGUCUUGGUGAUGGUGUUUCCAAUUGCAACAUCCGCUUUGCGAUGUGUCAACUGCAAAGGUUGUUCCAAAUUCGAAGACAGCCAAGCAGUGACAUGUCCAUCAUCAGCCGACAGAUGUCUAAAAUUGCACCUGCCUUCCGGCCUAAUCAACCGCGAAUGUGGAGACGAAAAAACCUGUGUUGACAAAAGCAACGAUCGUGAUCGCUUCCUGGCCGUCCAUUGCUGCGAGACCAACAUUUGCAACGGUGGCUCACGUUGGACGUCAUCGGGAUCCUGUCUGGCCCUUCUACCACUGUUGGCGACAUCGUUCCGUUCCUUUUUCCGCUAUUGAUUCAUUUGCUCCUUUCGCUUCCCGCUUUCACACGCGUCCCAUUUCAUUCGUUUUAAUCUUUUUUUUUGUUUCUUUUAAUACACGUAGCCCUUCUUCAUUAGUCUGCGCCUCUAUUUAUGGGUGUUUGUGUGUAUAUGCGAUGAAUACACGAAGCUUGUUCCUGCCCAGUAA